AACCCGUUUUCAGUCCUCUCCGGCAUGCCCUGUCGUUUACUUCGGCCAGCAAGACUGCAGGCUGUGUAGAUGUGCGGCAUCGAAAAAGAACUUUUUUGGCAUGUGGCGCGAUCGUGAUACGAGCAUGCGAAGACGAACUGCUUGCAUCUGGGCUGCAGCCAGAGAAAGGUUAUAGCCAUCAGUAGGCAAACUACAGAAUCUUGUGCUCGGAGCUAGAAGAGCAGAGACAUGACUUGAGCGAUAGUCUAUUUUUCUGGUGGAGACUUUGAACAAAGACGCUGAUGAUUGUAGGUUUCUAUUUAUUUAUAGGUCAGAGCCGGUGAUAACGCAAAAUAGCACUGUGAAUAGAAAAGGUAUGUGCAGUUUUUGCAGCAUACAACUGGAGUCAAGCAGCACAGAAGCCAGCAUGGCACAGGAAGACACCGAACAGUGGCUGAAGGAGCUUAUGGCAGUUAUCAAAGCUGGUCACACUCAGCGGGUUGGAGAAUUGCUGGCUGCUGGCUUUGAUAUCAAUCGUGUCGAGGAGGAUGAACGCAUGUCCCCUCUCAGUCUGGCUUGUCAGUCUGGCAAUGUGGAAAUUGCUAAGAUGCUGCUGGAACAUGGUGCUGAUGUGAACGUACCAGGUCCAGAUGGUCAGAUGGCUCUGCACCAUCUGUGCUCUGCCGAGGAAUGGAAGCCAGAGUUAGCUGAACUUGGAGAGUUGUUGAUUGCCCAUGGUGCCAGUCUUGAUGCAGCAGACAACACAGGUGCAACCCCUGUUCUUAAAGCCUGUGAGGUUGAAAGCCAUAGGUUGGUUCAAGCUCUUUGCUCUGCAGGUUGUGAUGUCAAUAUCCCCACUGUUAAUGGAGAUUCCCCAAUACAGGUUGCUUGUAAGAGCUCAGAACUCUGGUUUUCUUGGUACUGCCGUCCAGAGCAUGCCACUGCCGCUAAAGGCACAAGUGACAGAGAGAGGGACCCGCGCUGCUUUCCUCCAAUUAUAAUUGCAAAGACUCUGCUGCAGGCAGGAGCCGACCCCAAGGAGGCCACACUGCUGCCAGCUGCAGUGCAGUUUGGGGCUGUGGGUAUUGUCAAAGAAUUUCUCCAGCUAGGGAUGGAUGUGAACAGACUGGAUGACAAUCAACGUACCCCUCUGGGGUGUGCCUGCACAUCUGCCAGCUCAUCUUUGUCUUUAGUGCAGCUGCUGCUUGAACAUGGAGCAGAUGUCAACAAGGGGGGUGGAUGGAGGAAGCACAAGCCCCUUAUCUUUGCUUAUGUCCACAACUCAGUGGAUAAAAUUCGCCUUCUGCUGUCCUAUGGUGCCAAGAUCACAGCAGAGGAAAUGUCAGAACUAGUGUCCUUAAGCUUGUCUAAGUCCAUCCUGGGAAACCCUGAAGUGAUAGGGCCCACCAGCAAAGAGCUGCUAUCCUGGCGACUUCUCCUGAAAGCAGGGUCUCGCCCACUGGUUCAAGGCACUCUAGCCACUAAGGUACAUCAGCUGUCCAUGUGCAGCAGCUACAGUCAGAUCUCACCAUGGAUACACACCUUGCUGAAUCCACUGCUUUCUUUGAAAGACAUAUGUCGUAUUACUGUACGAAGACAUCUGCCAAUAAGCAUUGACAGUAGCAUCGAGCAGUUGCCUUUGCCACGCAGUUUGAAGAAUUUCCUCAUGUUUAAGGAGUUUUCAAUCCAGGAGAGGGAACUUUAAUAGACGUGGAAAUCAUACAUCAAAUAUGCUUACCCUUCUUUCUGUUUCCCUAACACCAAGAUAAUGGCUGUGAAUCAAGGCAUUGAUAAUUUGCCCUUAAGGUAAUUAGCUUGCUCAGACAUAUAAACCAUUCAUGUACACAUUUGUGCCAUAGCUUUUGGAUGUACGACAGAUUAGCACAUGUGCAUGUUGUGUUGCUCGGAGAAUGGAAGAAAGUUCAUCCUAGUCUGUGACAUCAUCUUCUCUCUGUUCAUACUUGAAAGCUUUAAAGUGUAUUGAAUCUUUGGAAUCCAGAGUAAGUCAUAAGUGCCUCACAGAUCAUUUCCAUUUCACUCAGGAGUUAUCAGCCUAUGUCAAAAUUCCCACUUCUAUGAAUAUAAUAUUCUACAGAACAUCUGCAUGUUUUAUUUGUGAAGCGUAUAAUAGUGGAACUUUUGUAAGGCUUUGUUUCUGUAAGGAGAAAAUGGAACUAUAGGCUGUAGUGAGUUUUGUAUAACAUAACCACUGGUUUUCUUUAUCAUGAUCAUCUCCAUAAAUCAAUAUUGCUCUUUUUUUUAUCCCAUACUGCCCACCACACAGAGCCAGAAAAUAGGAGCUUUGCUGCAAUUUGAUUGAUCUUGGUCAGUUGUUCUCAAGGCCUUAUCAUUUUAUGCAUUUGUCAAAGGAAAUCUGAACUGAAGUCUUGCUGUAGGUGGCUCAAAAUUGUAAUAACCACAGUUUUUCUAGAUGCAGACAUCUUUUUGAACAUGGUGUCCACAAAGAAAAUACAGGUGCUAACUUUGGGACGUGAUGUUUGACACUGUUUUGUCUUCAGAGAGAUAAUUCAUAUGAUGUCAGAGCUUGAUUGCUCAAACAUAGUGUUUAGCAGCAAGGAUGUCUGGCAGGAGAAGUUAUAGUAACCAGGCUUUGGAAUACCUCUACAGAUACAAUGCAGUUUCUCAGACCUCUUGGCUACAAACAUGGAGGAAAUGCAACACACAAGGAAUGAAAGCUUGUAAAACAGCAGUGAGCAAUGUGCAGGUAUUUAUAGCUACAAGUACAUGUUUAUGAUGAACAAAAAGCAUGCAUCAUUGUAGUUCUUAAUUGAAUGUUUAUUUAGCACUUACUAUCUAGCCUGACCUCUUCCUGUACAUGGACAUAAUUUGUUUUGAGGUUUAUGGUUCCUAUACCAGCUUGUCAUCUGUACCCACAACAGAAUUGUGUGUUAUCCUAAUGUUAUCCACAUAGAAUGUGUAGCAAAACUUUAACAGGUAUUUGAAGUGUGAUUUAUAUACCUUUUCUUGCUCUCACCAGAAGUGCUACUUGAUAUAUAAUUAACCUAGACUCUUAGGAACUUUUGUUAUGGAUUUUAUUUAAAUAGAAUUUAUAUGCAUGGUAUUUUAGUUUUUAAUUUAGUUUUGCAUCCUUCAGAUGUUACAAUCUGAUGUGCUGAGUAGCAGGUCAGCUAUGAAAACUGAAUGCUAAUGUGCUUGUACUUGUUGUGUCUGUCGUAAAAUCCUUGUUGCGUUGCUUUGCUGUUAUCAAAUACAUGAAAACACCAAGCAAGAAAAUUGCUCCAUUUAUUUUUAAAUACCAAUACCCUUAAACUGGCUUUGGAAAAGUUUCAGAAUACAGGCUUCUCUCCAAUCUGUUCCUGUUUAAGAUAUGUGAACUAUGCCAAAAUGUGUGUACAAACUAGAAAUAUGGAAAAGAAAAAGAAAGAACUUGUAUUUUUGCAUGCAUUUGUGAAUUACACAACUGACACACAUUUUUAAAAGUUCUACAAGAACACACUGACCUGGCUUGCUGUUAUCAGAAGAUAAUUUUGAUCACGGAUGUGUAUAGGUAGAUUGCUGUCUGCCGAAAGCCAAUGCUUAGCCUUUUGCGAAGUUCUCGCUGUUAGUCUCAGCAAGCCUAAACAAUAAAUGUGAAUAAACCGGAAGCUUUGUUCACACAUGCCUCGUUUCAGUAGUUAACUGUAAAAAAAUUGUCUGCCAGCAGUCCAAUAAUAUAAGUUUGUGUUUUGAUUCAAAACUAAUUUUUUUGUAGAAAGAAACUGUAAAGCUAAAAAUCUCAAGAUGGCUCUAAAUUUCAUUUACCUAGCUCUGGCCAGGGAAACUUAAGGUCUUUUGUUAUUAGUUAUUAAUGCUUGUUUAUGAACUACUUUAAAAUGUGUUAUGGCCACAUGUAAAAUUGAAAGAAAAUAUUAGGUGAGCCGCAUCAUAAGUUGUAUUUGAAAGCUGCCAUCUAUUCACAGUUGAUGAAAGAGGAAAAAAAUCUAUCCACAGCAGUCUGCCAUACAUACACAUGCCUUGUUUUGACCAAUUUUCCUUCAUGCCAUGUGUUGAACGCUUGAGCACAAAGAUAGGCCAGAGAUAAGAAAAUGAUAACAUUUGUCAUCAGCUGUCAAGUCCAUACAAGGGGAAGGAGGUUCAUCUUAUCUCAAGCUGUAUAAUGCACACUUGUGCAUCAUGGUCUGAUGCCAUUAGCCCUGAUUUUAGCUCAAGCUGAGAUUGCUUGCUGCCAUGUGUCGCACAGCUGCUGCUUCUCCCUCUACAUACUUGGAAAAUUAUUGAUGUUAUUUAUGGCUUUGGUAAAUCUCUAAGAUGAUGCCAAUGGUCAGAGCCAUUCCAGAUAACUUUGAAAAACAGUUCUUAAGCUUCCUGUAAAACCAAGAGCACGACUGGAAAAAUGUAGCCAAGCUUUCUCAAGUUUACAAGACUUGUGCCUUGUAAGAGCCCAUCUUCAAGCUGUUCGCAGUCCAAUUUGCAUCCAAUGUGGACUUUCUGGAAAUCCAACAAGCAUGUCAUAAAAGAUAUGGAUGCUGACCACCUCUACAGUCUCAGCCAUCAGACCAGUGAUGCACACUGCACAUUUGUAAUGACCACCACUAGUUUCCUAUCAUUGGUUGAUAGUACAACUGGGGAUGUCCAUGGGUUAUCUCUGUGGUCCUACUGCUUGAGGCAAUAAAUUCAAUUUACAACCAACUUAGCUGUCACAUGCUGGACAGUUGUAGUGGUGUUUUUAUUCCUCAUUCAUCUGUUCUGUGAUAUACAAGACGGCAGAGCACAGAUACAGGUGGUGUGCUAACUGCAUCCCAUAGAAAAUUAGGAACUGCACCAUAUCAACAUUCCAUCGAUAAACUGUCAAGAUCUAUGACUGCACCAAAGUGAUGACAAUGUAUAUGAAAUUCAUCACCCAUCAAGCUUUUUAAACACCAAGUAUAACAGCAAAACUUUUAAUUUUAGUAUAUGUGUUACAUGGUUUAUCACUGUAGUAUUGUAUUUAUAUUCCAAACAAAAUUAAACAUCUUUACACUUACAGGAAACAUUUCUUAGAGUAUUGUCAUAUGGAUCUAAAUAUUAUUUUAGCUUGUAUUAUCCUGCUAGUGCAGAUUUAUCUCCAAAGCUUGUUCAUGUAAUUGUGAUAUGGCUGAGAAGAGAUUUUAAUAAAAUUCUGAAAUCCAUGUUAUUAAACCCAGCUCUAUGUUCUACCUUCCAUUUUAUUACCUUUGCUUUCAAGCACAUUUAAAAAACAGUUUUAGGACAGGCAAUCUAUUUCAUAUUUCAAUUUUGAAAAUAGCAAGACUUUGUAUGACUGUUCUUCACAAGUGGUGCUUGUUCUGUUUUGUAUCAUUCCCCCAACCCACCCUGUACAUUUAUGGUUUUAAAUAAACUGUAAAAAAGAUUUGCAGAUACUAUUAUGCAAAAAUAGAGGCCAAAUAUGCAUGGAUGAUGUGAAAAUAAGCUUUAAAGUUGAAAAAUUUCCAGUGUUCCACAAAGCAUUACUAUCUAUAAUGUAUGACACUGUAGGCAUGAACAUGUGGGUAAACAUGUCCUUGUUUUUGAGCAAGGGAAAGUUGUGUAUGGUGAAGGCACUAGAAUAGGUAGAGAGGUGAAAACAGAAUAGCGCAUUAUUGGAUAUUGUGGCACACUCUGUUUUCAUGAAAUUAAGGAGUGUGGAGCUGUCAUCAUGAAGAUACAACUCCUUGUUUGCCAUUGGUGUUUUAUGUGCAUAAAGUUUUGCAAAGUUGGAAAGCCAUCAUUAACUUUUUCCUUUAUAUAAUCAAAACUUUUGAGUUUUCGCACAGCAAUAAAUCUAAAAAAAAAAAAA